CUCGUGCUCGUAUCAGUGUUGCGUGACUGUGACAGAUUUGAUAACCUCGAUAAUUGUCUUUAACAUUUAAUAUCUCGAUUCGCAGGGCAGGCGAUAUUUUUUUCUUUCAGAUUCUUUCAUUUCAUGCAAUAACGUGUCGAAUAAGCCUAAUUUCAUUAAUAUUGGUGAGGAGAGAGGGAUUAAUGUAAACACCAACAAGCCUACUGGUGUCAAUUACCAAAAUACAAUUAUUCUCGAUAGUACUUAUACGUACGAACGUAUGCAUAUACAUUUUUAACCAAACACACGUGGUAAUUGUUUACUGCUUCAGCGUAUAAUUAUUUAAUACGUAAAUCGCAGUCAAUUCUGAUGGAACAAUAUCUAAAAUCCACCAAAGUUGGAUUUAUUGGAGGCGGAAAUAUGGCUAGUGCUAUAGGCGCUGGCUUAAUUCGCAAAGGUAUAUUAAAUUCAGAUAAUGUCUGGGUUUCUAGUCUUACGGAGAGAACACAUGAAUUUUGGAAGGAUCUAGGAGCUCAUCCGACGUUGAAAAACAAUGAAGUUGUAAAUAACUGUGACAUAGUAUUUCUGACAGUAAAACCACAUAUGUUGGACGAUGCACUUAAGACUAUUGUAGGGAAAGAAGAAAGUAAAAAAUUUGAGAACAAACUCUUUAUUUCAGUACUCGCUGGAGUAACACUUAAAGUCUUGUAUGAUAAACUCUCUGCGAUUGUGAUUUCACCAAGAAUAAUUAGAUCCAUACCAAAUACACCCAUGAUGAUUGGAGAAGGAAUUACAGUUUAUUGCAGCAACAACGCCGAAUUAAAAGAUAUGGAAGUGGUGGAUUCAAUAUUUUCUUAUAUCGGCAUGAGUCAUAAUGUUCCAGAAAGUCUUAUGAAUGGCAUUGGUGGUUUAUCAGGUAGUGGCCCAGCAUUUGCAUAUCUCAUCAUAGAAGCAUUAGCAGAUGGAGCUGUGAAAAUGGGAGUGCCAAGGCCAUUGGCAACUAAGUUUGCAGCGCAAGUGCUAGUAGGAGCUGGAAAAAUGGUAUUAGAAACCGGACGACAUCCUGGUCAACUGAAAGAUGAAGUCUGUUCGGCUGGAGGUACCACUAUUACUGGCAUUCAUGCUAUGGAAAAGGGAGGAGUCAGGGGAUCUAUGAUGAAUGCUGUCGAAGCUGCUGUGAAUAAAACAAAUGAACUAACUUUUCAA